AUGGGGCUUUCUCCCCACCAAACAAAGGCGGGUCAAAACCGGCAGCCCGACAGUCCAGACGAAAUCCGCCUUCCUAUUCACCAUGACGACCUAGAUCCGCCCGCACGCGACACCGACUUAUCAUCCUCGGAUAGCGAUAGCGAUAGCGAGAGUGUGAAUACCGCGAUUUUCGCAGGUAGUUCCCCCGGUUUCAACAGAACCCGAGUACCGGCGCCACUGCUGAACCCCGGCCAUCGAAGAUUCCCAUCUGUGGACGAAGAUGAACAAGACGAAGACCAUGCGAGCGAGCCCGGUCGACCUGAUACCGCGCAUGAGAAGCCGGUGACAUGGAUGUCGCUGCCGAAGAGAGGGCAGCUGGCGAUCUUAACAUUUGCUCGACUAUCUGAGCCCUUGACGCAGACAUCACUGCAGGCGUAUAUGUUCUACCAGCUCAAGUCGUUUGAUCCUUCGUUGCCAAACUCGACCAUUUCUCGACAGGCCGGUAUUCUUCAAGGCAGCUUCACCGCCGCACAGUUCCUGACUGCUGUCUGGUGGGGCCGGCUGGCUGAUGCGGAAUGGAUGGGCCGGAAGAGAGUCCUGCUCAUCGGGUCAAUGGGAACCUGUAUCUCAUGCUUGGGGUUUGGUUUCUCGCGCUCGUUCGUGUCCGCGGCGGUGUUUCGGACGUUGGGCGGAGCCCUGAACAGCAACGUUGGUGUGAUGCGGACCAUGAUAUCGGAGAUCAUUGUCGAAAAGAAAUACCAAUCGCGUGCAUUCCUGUUGCUGCCGAUGUGUUUUAAUAUCGGAGUGAUCAUUGGUCCCAUUCUGGGAGGCUCGUUGGCCGAUCCCACUCACAGUUUUCCACAGCUUUUUGGGCCAGGGUCUGUGUUUGGAGGAAAGAAUGGGGUAUGGUGGAUGCAGCAAUGGCCGUAUGCCUUGCCAAAUGUGCUGAGCGCGAUCUUCAUCUUUGCAUCUCUGAGCGCGGUAUUUUUGGGGCUCGACGAGACACACGAAACUGCGCGCUACCGAAAAGACUGGGGUCGAUCCUUGGGUAAGCGAAUAGUACAGGCUCUAUCACGACGCCCGCGGCACUACCGCCCUCUGACCCAAUCUGGGGACGAUGACUCCAUAUACCUCGAGGGUAGCGUGGGAACAUGGUCUGGACCAUCUAGCCCCGUUAAUACACGUGCCCCACAAAUACCUCGACGACAUAAACGACCCGGCUUCCGACAGAUCUGGACUCGGAAUGUCCUGCUCACGCUUCUAGUGCAGUUCUUGCUCGCCAUUCACACUAGCGCCUUCAACUCCAUGACCUUUGUGUUUCUGCCCACGCCAAGAGCUCCCGAGAACUCCAGGACAGGCUUCUUCCACUUCAGCGGUGGCCUGGGUCUUCCAUCUUCCCGCGUCGGGCUGGCCACCGCCAUUAUCGGGUUUAUCGGCCUGCCCCUGCAAAUCCUCUUCUACCCGAUGGUGCAAUCCAAACUGGGCACACUUACCUCCUUCCGCCUUUUUCUUCCUUUGUCACCGCUGUCCUACAUCCUCAUGCCUUUCCUCGUUGUUCUCCCUCGCCUCGUCUGGGUCGUCUGGCCCUCUUUUGCCGUGGUCGUGGGUCUGCAAGUCAUGUCACGAACCUUUGUAUUGCCCGCGGCCGUCAUCCUCGUCAACAACUGUGCCACGGACCCGUCCAUUUUGGGGACGGUCCACGGUGUGGCGCAGAGUAUCGCCAGCGCAGCUCGUACCCUCGGCCCUUUCCUUGGUGGCUGGGGCCUUGGAUGGGGCCUCGAACGUAACAUGGUUGGAGCCGUGUGGUGGGUCCUUGCGGCCGAGGCUUUGACGGGCUGGUUUGUGCUGUGGACUAUCCAUGAGGGGAAGGGUAUUGAGCGGAAGAAAGCUGAGGUGGAGGAGGAAGAGGAAUGA